AUGCAUUAUUUGGAAGAUUUGGUUGAAUUAUUGGGCUUCCUUCCAGCUGAAAUGAAAAAGAAAUGUGCAGAAUUGAGAGAACUUGAUUGUCAAUAUCAAGCAAAAAUGGAAAAAUUGGGUGUUGACUCAGAACAACUAAUUGAAGCAUAUCCUACUUUAACUGCAAUUGAGUCUGAAAAGAAAAAUAAAGAAUUGGAACAGCGUUAUAACGAGGCUAGAAUAAUUGCAGAUUCAAAAGUACAUAUAACAGAAUAUUUGCAGUCUGUGCUUGAAAAAUAUAACGAAAAAGUCGUUAAAGACUUGACUGAUUUUAAAACAGAAUUGGAAAUUGAAAAUCCUGGAGAGGUUGAGUUAAUUGAAAAAGCAUUUAUUCAAUCAAUUACAAACCCACAACAACCACCAACAGCUUCAAAUAUAAUAAAUUCAACGACAACAACGUCUUCAAAUUUAAUAUUUUUUGAUGAAGAUUCUUCUUUGUCUUGUGAUACUGUUCAUAAUUUACAAAUUGAAGGGCAACAGCAAUCUACUAAUAGUCCUAAUACACAUUUAAAUGGGUUUGGAAAAUUUUAUAAAGAUUUUAAAAAAUUUUCCCAAAAGACUCAUAAUGGUCAGCUUUCUCUCCUUCCUUAA